AUAGUUAAAGAAAGUGAUUUAAAAAUAUUUACUGGAAAAUAGUUUUAUGACCGAGGGAUCAUUAAAAAAAAAAAAGAACCGGCUCAGAUCCAAAACAGUCGUCACCGCGUAUAUAGAUAGCAUAAAGAUUAGGGUUUUAGUAUCGUUGUCGUCGCCGAGUGUUCUGCUAUUGCGAUUUUGUCCCUUUUCUAUUGAGAAACUAGAACCAUGACCGCCCAAUCCCAAGAAGAGCUUCUUGCUCAGCAUCUCGAGCAACAGAAAAUCGAGUCUGAGGAGCCAGUCAUUGAGGAUGACGAUGAUGAAGAUGAUGAUGAUGAGGAUGAUGAAAAAGAUGAAGAUGAUGAACAUGGAGAUGCUACUGGUAGGUCAAAGCAGAGUAGGAGUGAGAAGAAGAGUCGCAAGGCUAUGAUAAAGCUAGGAAUGAAGCCUAUUGCCGGAGUCAGCCGCGUCACCGUCAAGAAGAGCAAGAAUAUUCUAUUUGUCAUCUCAAAGCCUGAUGUUUUCAAGAGCCCCACUUCAGACACUUAUGUUAUUUUUGGCGAGGCCAAGAUUGAGGAUUUGAGCUCACAGUUGCAGAGUCAAGCUGCUGAGCAGUUCAAGGCUCCAAACCUCAGCAACACGGUAUCAAAGCCUGAGUCAUCAACUACAGUUCAGGAUGAUGAGGAUGUAGAUGAGACCGGUGUAGAGCCCAAGGAUGUUGAGCUGGUUAUGACCCAAGCCGGGGUUUCAAGGGCUAAGGCCGUCAAAGCUCUCAAGGCUGCAGAGGGUGACAUUGUUUCUGCCAUCAUGGAGCUUACAAACUAGGAAGAGAAAAAAAAAUCCCCCUUUAUCUUAUUUUCGGAAUAUUUGAGUGAAUGAGAGAUUUACCAUUACAUUUGCUUUGGAUCCUUGAAUUUUAAAACUUCUAAAUUUCUGUUCUUGUGAUGUAUCGGUUAUGGUUCUUGUCUUUAAAAGUCAAUGUGUUGUGUGAUGGAGAGAUAGCCAAGGAGUAAUUCGUACUCCCUUCCUCCUAAAACGUUCAUCCCACUUCCUCUUUUUCUCCGUCCUAAAAUUAUCUUCCCAUUAGAAAAAAAAGAUGACAAAUGA